CUGCACACCACCACGGCAUGGCGAUACCUGGCCAAAGAUUUGAGCUCGACCUCGACGCUCCAGGCUUUACGUUCAACCCUAUCGACGAUGCCACUUCACCAGACCUGGACGUCCCCUUUGCCGUGAGGGAAGUCCGAGAACACGAUGCCGAAGCCAUACCUGCAGCGCCUUCCCAGAAAUCCUCAAAAUCUGGAUUCCCCGAACACAAAAGUCGGCGCAACAUUUCUGCCUUUAAACAGAGACAACAAGCCAGACCUUCUCCGGCACGACCCUCGGUUCCCACCGAGGUAGAACCUUCAGACCGCGCAAUCGCUAAUCAUGUGGGCAAGAAAUACGGAGUGGAUCUCGAGAGCCAGCAAAAAGCGGAAAUCAGCGAGGAGAACACGAGACGUAUUGCUGAGAUGUCGGUAGAGGAUAUCGAGGAGGCCAGAGCUGAGUUGAUGCGCAACCUGAAUCCAUUCUUUGUGGAGCGUCUUCUGAAGCGUGCCAACAUCGAGGAGGAUCAACAGCAGUGGCCUGAAGACAAUCCAGAUGAGGACACAAGGGAACAAAACAGUGGUACAAUCCUCGAUUCGGCCACUCUCGAAGAUACUCCAGUACCAACAUUGCCAGCACAUGGUGAACCAGCUGGCCCCUCCAUGCACUUCCCUGUACCACCUCGGUCGAAAGACGAAUACGUCCCUCUAGAUCCAAACGACCCAGCCUUCUUCUCUGAGCUCAAAUCACACUAUUUCCCUGAUACUCCCCACGACCCUUCCUCCAUGACCUGGUUACAAGACCCGACCGAAGAAGAAAAGCAGGACUCGUUAUACAACCCAGAAAAAGAAUCGUACCUGACCUCCGCACUACGUUUUGGAUUCAACGGGCGCCUGAUACCGCCCAAGGAGAGCCUGGAAAUUGAUGUCAAAGAGGGUCUGCAUCAUCAUGGUGAGGCUCCAAGCAGCGCAGGUUAUACAAUACCCGAACUUGCAAUGCUCUCAAGGUCGACACUGCCCAACCAACGAUGCAUAGCUUAUCAGAUCCUGGGUCGAGUCCUUUACAGAUUGGGACGAGGAGACUUUGGACCUAGAGGGAGUGAACUUCACGAAGCACUAUGGUCAGUCAUUGAAAAGGAAAAACCAGUGGAAGUGAUGAUGGCAGAAGCAAACCGUCAAGGCGGACAUGUUAGUGCCAAAGCGCAUGCCACCGAAGCUUUGUGGCUUUGGAGGAAGGGAGGUGGCGGCGACCGAGGUGUCUUGAAACCGGGCCAGACCUUGGGAAGAUGAGGUCAAUACGAGUACGAUGAUAGAACCAUUGACGAAAGAGUGCUGGCAUGAACAGGCACUAAUAUCCAUGCUCAAACAAGGGGGAUGCGCCAGUCUCAC